AUGGAGAGAAUAAUUAGAAGUUUGGUAAAUGGUCUGUAAAUUGGGCAGGAGAGAAUUUAAACAAUGUUGGUGGCUGGUACUCUAGUGAGGAGAAAAAAUAGGGUUUUUGGAAGGAAAUAAGUAGAUAGUUAAAAUUAUAUUCAAUUGAACACAGCAUUUGGAGUAUACAACUAAUUAAGUUAGAAGAAUGGUAAAUAGAUUGAGCUGAGUGAUUGAUAUAGAUAUAGGAAAUAAUCUAUUAAGGUGAGUAUAAAAAUA